CACUAACCCCGAAUUAGCAGAAAAGUUAUGGAGGGAGAAAAUGGUUGUUGUAGAAGCGUGUUGGGCGGUCGUGCGGUGAUAGACACGAGAGCACCGUUUGGAUCGGUGAAAGAAGCGGUGGCUUUGUUCGGAGAGAAAAUUUUAGCCGGAGACAUCUAUGCAACUAGGCUUAGAGAGAUACGGACAAAGGAAACAAAUUCAACUUGGAGUCCUCAAGCGAGAGUACGACCCCUAACACUUGAGCUCCAAGAGACAAAACAAAAUCUUACAAGAACCCUACAACUAAACACCAACCUCUCCGACCGAAUCAAAACCCUAACACAGGAACUCGAACAUGGGAGGAAAGAGAUCCAACGACUCAACAGAAUGAGGUCGAAACGCCUAGAGAAUCCGGAGAUCGAGGAACUCAAGUUCGUGGAACACCAUCAAACGACGGCGUCCAAAGAGGUUGUAACGACGGAGGAGUUAGAGAAGAGGAGACUCGUGACGUUUGCGAGCUCGCCUUUGCUGACACGUGUGAUGUCAAGCGUCGAGGUCGAAGAGGACGAGAGGACGAAGAAAGAGACGGUUUUAGAAAGAAAAGUUUCGGAUAAAAAGACGAAGUUAAAGAGAAGUUUUGCUCCGUUCAUGGGAUGGUUUAGAGCAAACCCCUAGAGGAGAUUGAUCAGUCAAAAAUGUUGCAUGGUCAUUGGUUAUAUGAACCUUGUAUUGUUAUAUAAUAUAUAGUUAUAUAUAGUUAUAAUGUGAUGAUGAUGUUAUGUGAAUCGAUCUCGUUUUAAGAUUUGAAUGAAUAAAGCUUGCAUGUUAUAAUUAGUAAUUA